AAAUACUGUGAAGUUUAAGCCACCUCUGGAUCGCACAAUAGGACGUGUAUUACUGAAUCUCCAAUCUGUUUAUGUCUUAGUUCUGAGCAUCUAGAGAAUCACCUCUGAGCAUCUUCGUUAGUUCUUAUCUACUAUCACGCCGCCAUCGUCACGAUUCUACACUCCCAUAACAUCAAACCUCAAAAUGCCACAACCAGACCCAAAAGACCCCAACAUACCCAUAAUCGACAUCUCCUCCCAAGCCCCAGAUGUCGCACAACAAGUUCUUUCCGCCGCCUCAACCCACGGCUUCCUCUUCGUCCAACAAGACGACUCCCUCCUCCCCCGAGCACAAGUCAACGCCAUGUUCGCCCUCUCCGCGCAAUUCUUCUCACAACCCGUUGCCCGAAAGUCCACACACGCUAUCCACUCCGCAGCUGCCGGCGGCAUUAAUCGCGGCUGGGUCACCAUGGCCGGCGAAGCGCUCGACCCCUCACAUCCAGGCGAUCCCAAAGAAGCAUUCAACAUUUCACCGCCGCAUCCAGAGCUGCAGCCCCUGCCGUCCCCGCUCUCGGACUCGUCCGCUGAAAUUAGAAAGUUCCUGGACUCGUGCCAUGCAAUUUGUACCCGGAUCCUCACGCUGCUUGGAACCGCUUUGCAGAUCGAAGAGAAGGAGGGAGGAGAGCGGUGGCUCGCAGACCGACACAACGAAUCCAAAGGUCCAAGCGGCACCACCUUCCGCAUGCUGUACUACCCGAAGAUGCACGCGGACGGCGCAACACCGACUUCAUCGAUCCGCGCAGGCGCGCACUCCGACUACGGGAGCAUAACUCUGCUCUUCCGGCUGCCCGGCCAGCCCGGUCUCGAGAUCCUCAAGCCCGACCAGACGUGGGCGCCUGUGCCCGUGAAUCCAUCUCCCGACCUAGUAACCCCGCCCAUCCUGGUCAAUAUAGGGGAUUUGCUGAGUUUCUGGACGAACGGGAUGUUGAAGAGCACCGUGCAUCGUGUGACGUUCAGCGGUAGGGAGGAGCGGUAUAGCAUGGCUUACUUUUGCCACCCGUUGGAUUCGGCGAGGCUGGAAGCUGUCCCGAGUGAGGUAAUUGAGGCGUUUGGGGACAAAGGGGCGGAAGAGCUGAAGAGUCAGAGGGAGAGGCUGGGGCUGGGUGGGAGUGGAGGGGGCGAGGUAUUGACGGCGAAGGAACAUUUGGAUCGGAGAUUAAAGGUUACGUAUGGGCUGAAAGACUGAUGGCUGCGAGGCUGUUCCUUGGACACAGCUUUCUUCAGACAAGCGACAAGAACGACAAUUGUUUCUUGGCAUCCUAUGAUCGUCACACCGUUCUGGAAGGUGACAAUCGGACAGCUAGCGUGGUGUAAUCACUUGUAAUGGCAUGCAUUUGCAUCUGUAGUAUUCGAACGCCUUGCUAUGCCGUGUGCAUGAACG